GUCGACAGAGACUGCCACCAUGGCGCACUUCUUCCACCACCACCACCACCACAGGGAGGAGCACGGCUCGAGCGCCGGCGGCAGGUCGUCGCCGCGCACGGUGAGGGUCUACACCAAGGCCGACCCGAACUACUCCCUCUCCAUCCGCGAUGGCGACGUGAUCCUCGCGCCUAAUGAUCCCGAUGAUCCCUACCAGCACUGGUACAAGGAUAUGAAGCACGGCACCAGGGUGAAGGACGAAGAGGGCUUCCCCGGCUUUGCUCUCGUCAACAGUGUCACCGGCGAAGCCAUCAAACACUCCCUUGGAGCUCAAAAUCCAGUCCGGCUGGUUCCUUACAACCCGGAUUACCUGGAUGAAUCUGUUCUGUGGGCUGAGAGCAAUGACACUGGUAAAGGCUACAGGUGCAUCAGGAUGGUGAACAACAUCCGCUUGAACUUUGAUGCUUUCCAUGGAGACAAGGACCACGGAGGAGUGCGAGACGGAACCACGGUGGUGCUAUGGGAGUGGCUCAAAGGGGACAACCAGAGGUGGAAGAUCGAACCCCAAUCCUCCGACCCUCCUCCCCCCACCAACUACGCCGGCGGCAGGCCGCCACAGCGUACUGUUCGGAUCUUUACCAAGGCAGGGCCGGACUACUCCCUCGCCGUCCGUGAUGGAAGAGUGGUGCUUGCACCCACUGAUCCCAACGAUGACUACCAGCGUUGGUACAAGGACAUGAGGUACGGGACCGAGGUGAAGGACGAAGAAGGUUUCCCAAGCUUUGCUCUCGUCAACAAAGUGACCGGCGAAUCUAUCAAGCACUCCAUCGGAGCUACGAAUCCAAUCCGACUGGUUCCAUACAACAAAGAGUACCUCGAUGAGUCCGUUCUGUGGUCUGAGAGUAAUGACACCGGUGAGGGGUACAGGUGCAUCAGGAUGGUGAACAACAUCCGCUUGAACUUUGAUGCCUUCCAUGGCGAUAAGGACCAUGGUGGAGUGAGGGAUGGAACCACUAUUGUGCUGUGGGAGUGGCUCAAAGGGGACAACCAGAGGUGGAAGAUCGUUCCUUAUUGAACAAUGCGAUGGCGGCAUCAAUCGCAAUCUCUUGGUCUCGGUUUGCUGCUCUGCACAGCAUUUACCAGCUAGUAGACGUGCGUUCCAAGAAUAAGCUGUGCUUUAGGGCCUCUGUGUCCCUCUUUUCUUCUGGCAUUUGCUAUGUUAUCGUGGCGCUAUGCCACUACUUCGGGGAGUUGAUCUCCAUGCUUUCAGCUUGGUUAUUGUACUGGCUAAAUAUUAAUGCAUCUAUCUUAUGACA